ACUUGACUCAGGAAUUUGCUGUCCAAACAGGAUGCUGUGGAAGCUGCACUUUUUUUUUUUUUUUUUUCCCAGGGAGUGGGGGCUGGCCCUUACUGCUUUAUAAGCACCGGCUCAAGAAGGAACCUACAGCCUCUUGGAAAGGAAUCUCAGUAGGGGCUUGACUGCAUGGGUGUCUAGCGCUUUCACUGUAAGAAAGCAAGAUGCAUUUUAGAAACUUUAACUACAGUUUUAGCUCCCUGAUUGCCUGUGUGGCAAACAGUGAUAUCUUCAGCGAAAGUGAAACCAGGGCCAAAUUUGAGUCCCUCUUUAGGACGUAUGACAAGGACAUCACCUUUCAGUAUUUUAAGAGCUUCAAACGAGUCAGAAUAAACUUCAGCAACCCCUUCUCUGCAGCAGAUGCCAGGCUCCAGCUGCAUAAGACUGAGUUUCUGGGAAAGGAAAUGAAGUUAUAUUUUGCUCAGACCUUACACAUAGGAAGCUCACACCUGGCUCCGCCAAAUCCAGACAAGCAGUUUCUGAUCUCCCCUCCCGCCUCUCCGCCGGUGGGGUGGAAACAAGUGGAAGAUGCGACCCCAGUCAUAAACUAUGAUCUCUUAUAUGCCAUCUCCAAGCUGGGACCAGGUGAGCAGGGCCCUCGGGUGGGAGGGAGGCAGGGGGAGACACAGCUGCUGCCCUGCACCGGGGAGCAGUACCGCCACUACCCCCAUAGCUCUUGUGAGCCCAUGCCGGCAUGUUUUGUGAGCUUCUCUGUAUUCUUCUGCAUCACCAUCCGUUGUGCUGGGAGCAUGCCUGCCUCUUGGUACCACCUGCAGUGUUAGAGAGACUGCGGCUGAUCGUGGGGACCCUGCAUCAUGCCCCUACCCACCGCCCGCAGUGUCUCAGGAAUCCAUUCCUGUGUCCACUGAGCACAGCCUGCGUGGGACGCCUGAGCCCCGGCCCCAGGUCCUGUCGCUCCGGAUAGGGAUGAGUGAUUGGACUUUGGAAAGGGAAAAUCGAUGCCCCCUUUAAGAAAUGUUAUUUUUAAUCAAGAUAAAUUCGCCCUUUCCUGUGAUUCUCACCCAGCCUUCUUGAAGGAAAGGGAAGGAGAACCAUAGGCCGUGGUGAGGGAAGGGCCGUGGUCGGGCUGCCCUACCCCAGGGCCCGUGGGCUGGUCCCCUGCAGAGCUUGCCAAAGAAAGAGGAAGUUCCCAUCCUCUGGAGGGACAAAAGUGUGAGCACUACGGGGUGGGGGCAGGUUCCUCAGGCUCUUCGUCCAAAAUGUGGGCCUUAACUGGUGGAAUUGUGAGCACUAGAUGACAUCAUCGAGUGAAAGGCGCUUCAGUCAGCACCUGGCUCACAGUCAGUGUUCAAUGCAGGAUUUUUGAAAACCAUAAAAUGUUGGUGGUUCCUGUCCCGUCCUCUAGGGUUUGGGUGAGGAGGCAGGUGUGAGGGAGAGUCUUGGGGUGAAGAGGUUUGAGCCUUCUCCUGCUCUGUCCGUGGAGCAAGUCGAAUAAAUGCUGAGAGCAUCAGCUCCUCAUUUCUCCUUGACCAGCAAUCUGAUGUUCCCUUGGGUUGAGGCUUUUGUUUUCUUGGACCAUCAGCAGUUUCAUAUUGAAAAGAUUACAUUUCUGAAAACAUUGCCCAAACGGAAAUUCCCUCUGUGGGAUAAAGCAAGAGUCACAUUACUUACUGCUAAUUGUGGCAUGAAGGUCGAGAUCAGAAAUGGCCAUUUUGAGGAAGAGUGUGCUCCCCCCACAGCAGCUCCUGGCCCAGGGGCAUGAGCAUGGCUGAGGGUGUGGAGUCUUCCCCUAGGUUAGGGAUGGGAGGAAACAGGGUCUCCACUUGCAAAGAGGUGUCAACAGUUCCAGAGGCAAAUGCUGUUAAUAAAAAUUCUGCAUACUCCAGAAUCUACCACUUUCUUCACCGAGGCCUUAUUGGAGAAGGCAUUUUAGGAAAUAGACGUAAUAAAAUCAGUUUGUCCUUGGUUCACUUAACAGUGAGCUUGAGUGAGAUUUCAUAUUUCACCUGUGCUUUUCAACCAACAGGAUUGCGGAGAUUUUACAAAUUAUGGUCCUAAACCCUGAGCUUUCUGGAUUUACGCUGAUUAGUAGGUAGAUAAAGAGACUUGCAAAGAGGCAGAUUUGUAAGAGGCUCUUAACCAGAAUUUCCAGCAAUCCAUCUGACCUCCCAUGCCUGAAUUCUCUCUCUCAGAGAGCUGAAGCUCCUUUGCCUUUUUCAGUGCAGUUAUAAUAACAUUCCAGUCCCACGUGUGAUAGAGAAAAGACCACCACCUUCCUUAUAAGUAAAAGUACCUUCUAGGUUUAGAGGAGUAACCAGUGUGGCUGGAGGUAGGAAGCUCUGCUGGGCCACUCUUGCCUGGUGGAAAUCAGUCAUGUGAUGGGCACACAGUGGUUGGUGAGGUGUUUCCUUGCUUACCCGAACUGCAAAGAAAUCCCAAGCACAAGCCGGGCGCGGUGGCUUACGCCUGUAAUCCGAGCACUUUGGGAGGCUGAGGCAGGCGGAUCACGAGGUCAGGAGAUCAAGACCAUCCUGGCCAACAUGGCGAAACCUCGUCUCUACUAAAAAUACAAAAAUUAGCUGAGUAUGAUGGCAUGCGUCUGUAGUCCCAGCUACUUGGGAGGCUGAGGCAGGAGAAUCACUAGAACCUGGGAGGUGGAGGUUGCACUGAGCCGAGAUCUUGUCACUGCAUUCCAGCCUGGGCAACAGAGCAAGACUCUGUCUCAAAAAAAAAAAGAAAAGAAAAGAAAAGGAAACAAAUCCCAAGCACAAAGCCCUGGAGGAAAACUCACCGUGAGGCCACACCCUGUGGGUGGAGCAGGUUGAAGCAAACCUGCCGCUAUUUCAGAACCCUGCCCAGCGUCGCACCAAUAACAAUGCAGCCUCCAUUCUUAAACAUCUUUCUAGGUGACAUGGGCUGGACAAGCACCUAGUGGUGAGCCAGGUUCUCAUUGCCUCGGGCACUCACUCAUGCUGUUAACUCUAUGAAGUCAAUACCUUUACCUUCUCCUUUACUGAGGAGGGAACUGAGGUGCACAGGGAAGCAGAAUAAAGUGCCCAUGAGCCCUGGGUACUAAGGAGCCAGGCUCAGAGCUGCCUCCACGAGCACCAGAGAUGCACACUCUUCCUGUGACCAGAGCAGCACCCCAGCGGGAGGCCCCAGCCCCUUCAUUCUACAUUGCCAGGUUUUUCAGUUGCAGAAAGCUCACCCCACCCUUGCUGGACCAGAGUGGCCUGAACUUGGCCAACCUGGUAGAACUCAGGCUGACAUAGAACAGCAGGACACUCCUGGUCCCGGGGAUUAGAAGUUGUUCUAAGGAAAAGGUCAAAAACGUUUCCAGAGCACCUGGCUCCGUGCAGCCACCCCUGCGUCUGCUGCAGGGCCUCCCGUGGCUCCCUUCCUGGGCGUGCACUGCAACCCUCAAAUAGGAGCCCCAUGAGGGAGGCCCGGGGUUCUGUUUCCAAAUGCGUUUCUUCAUCCAUCUUUUUCCUGAACCGAAGUUUCUCACAUUCACACUUGAGGAAAUGCUGACAGAAAGGGAGUUCUCUGGGUAGUUUAGAUGUCUGGUGGACAUGCGAAGUAUAACUAGAAAAAUGCAUUCCUUCUACACUUUUCAUGUGCCUGGACUCCCAGAAUGUUUGACUAAAAACAGGGUCCUGCACAAUGGAAAUAUCUGCUUUUCUGAAUGAGCUAGCAAAGAAAUACAAACCCAAAAUAUGUCUGGCUGUGUCUCUCAGCCCAAUCGAAUGGUGACGAGCAGCUGGCCCAGCAGAGCCCUGAAUGCUCUUUUAUGUUUGCCUUUUGACUCCCAAGGACUUUUCUGAGUGACCCUGCGAUUAUUUU